UCCACGUUUAGGUAUUUGGACCUUGUAGACGCAGAAGGGCCGGUGUCAUGCUUAUUUAGUUAUUUACAAAUUUUGAGAACAAUCAAGAUGAAAUUUAACACAGUAUAUAUUUUAUUCCUGGGAGUGUGUCUGAUUGGGGCAACAUCAGCAGAUACAGAUGAUGAAGACGAUGAUGUCCAGGUAGAAGUAGAGGAGGAUGAUGAAGUAAGAGUGGAAAAGCCGCAGUUUGUGCCUCCAACUAUACAGAAGAAUGUGCACUUUGCAGAUUCAUUUAACAAAAAAGAUGAAUUCAAAAGCAGAUGGACAGUUUCACAAGCAAAGAAAGAUGGGGCUGAGGAAAAUUUAUCUAAAUAUGACGGUAAAUGGAAGGUGGAGGUACCUAAGAGUAGUGCAGUGGAAGGAGAUCUCGGCCUGGUCCUCAAGUCCAAAGCAAAGCAUCACGCUGUGGCAUCCAAACUGAAUAAACCUUUCAAGUUUGAUGGCAAACCCUUAUUUGUACAGUAUGAAGUGAAAUAUCAAGAUGGUAUCGACUGUGGAGGAGCCUACGUCAAGCUUCUGUCAGCCGAUCCAGCUUUAGACUUGAAACAAUUUCAUGAUAAAACUCCAUACACUAUUAUGUUUGGUCCAGACAAAUGUGGACUAGACAAUAAGCUUCACUUCAUUUUCCGUCACAAAAAUCCCAAGACUGGGGAAAUUGAGGAAAAACAUGCCAAGAAGCCAUCCGCUGCCCUGGAUAGUUACUUCACAGACAAGAAGACACAUCAAUACUCCCUAGUUAUAAAUCCAGAUAACACCUUUGAAGUGUCUGUUGAUGGUUCUGUUGUCAAUUCUGGGUCAUUGUUGGAUGAUUUCAGCCCUCCAGUUAACCCCCCUAAAGAGAUAGAAGAUCCCAAUGACAAGAAGCCAGAGGACUGGGAUGAGAAGGAAAAGAUUCCUGAUCCAGAUGCAGAGAAACCAGAAGAUUGGGAUGAAAAUGAACCAGAGAAAAUAGUCGAUUCAGAAGCAACCAAACCUGAUGGAUGGCUAGAGGAUGAAAACAAGCUUGUCCCAGACCCUGAUGCAGAGAAACCCAAGGACUGGGAUGAAGAAAUGGAUGGUGAAUGGGAAGCUCCUCUUAUUGAAAACCCUAAGUGUUCAGAUGCUCCUGGAUGUGGAAAAUGGGAACAACCGAUGAUCAAAAAUCCAAAAUACAAGGGCAAAUGGAGGCCCCCUAUGAUAGAUAACCCAAAUUAUCAGGGUAUAUGGAAACCAAGAAGAAUACCAAAUCCUAACUUCUUUGAAGAUCUUGAUCCAUACAAAAUGACCCCAAUAAAUGCUGUGGGUCUGGAGCUGUGGUCAAUGACAGAUGAGAUUGUGUUCGACAACUUUUUGGUGACAGAUGAUAAGGGGGUAGCAGAGAAAUGGACAGAGCAGACAUUCCAAAUUAAAUCUGCAGCAGAAAAGGCCUCCUCUGGUGGUGCUUUUGCCUAUUUCACGGCACUAAAGGGGGCGGCCGAGGAGCGACCCUUGCUGUGGGCGGUGUAUGUGGUGGUUCUCCUCCUCCCCGUCUUGUUAAUCUCUAUCUGCUUAUGUCCACGGAGUGGGCCUAUUAAGCCCGAGACUCUAGCUGAAGCAAAGAAAACCGAUGCGGUGUCACCAGAUGAUGAAAAGAAAGAGGAGUCUGCGGACAAGGAGGAAAAGACAGGACCAGGGGGAGACAACAAACCCAACACCAAGAAAUCUAAGGCCAGUCUAGAGGCCACAGAGGAUGAUGGAGAUGAUGAAGAUGAAGUGGAUGCUGAAGAAGAGGAGGAAGAAGCACAGGAGAAGAACAGCGAAUCACCAAGACGAUCUCCAAGAAAGAGGAAGUCUAGAAAGGAUUGAGAGAAGUUUUGUGAGAGAGUAUGAAGAGUAUAAGAAUCAGAAUUCCUAGUAGGCAUCUCAAUGUUUUGUGUUAUGCAAUGCUGAUAGACACAACCAAACCUGUUAUAUAACAUUUCUUUAAAUCUUAUCCAUCUGUGUAGUAUUAAGGCUGAAUACUGUACAAGUUAGAUUUCUUAAUUUUCUGUGCAUGAAAGCUUUACACAUUUAUGCACAAUUGAAUAGAUUUUUUUUUUCAGUUAAUAAACUUUCAUGUUGCUUUAACAUUUUGAAAAAGAUUUUUUUUAUUGAUCUUUUUUCACAUGUACUUGGUAUGCAUAACAUUUUCAGUGAGUUUUGAUUUGUCUUUUUUAACCAAUUUAUAUAUGAAAGAAUGAGUCUGAUGAUGAAGGGAAAAUUAAAAGUAAAUGUCUUAUAUUGAAACUGUGCUUAAAAACCUGUUUGUGUCACUUGGUAUAUGAACCCAUGUUUAACAUGGCUGCCAGAUUGUAUGAGUGUUUUGUUCCAGUUAAAUAUUUAUCAAGUUAGUGUUUCCUAUUAGUGUGUCUAUGAAGUGAUGUUGUCUUGAUGAUGAAAAUGGUAUGCUGGUAGUUUUAUGUACAUGAAAUUUAAAGUGUCUGUUAGUAUGUCAUUUAGUACAUUGUUAGUACAUCAUUUAGUACAUUGUUGGUACAACUGUACAUCAUUUAGUACAAGUUAAAUGUAUCAUGUGUCAUAGGUCAUGGUCUGUAGUUUAGAACGUUUUGUUAAUGUAAUAUUGUUCAGAAUAUUUCAAAUUAUUCUCAAAUGAUUCUCUUUUGAUUUGCAUGAACUUUGAUUUCUUUUCUAUAUUCAGAAUAUAUUCCCGAGUGGUACUGUGCAAAUUGGAAUGAGAUGUAGUUAUUUUCAGUCAUACAUGUGCAUCUUUGUAAUUUCACAAUUGAUAUAUAUUGUCUGAACCAACAGUCUUUUACAAGAAGGCACAAUGUAUGUCUUUUUUUUUAAACUUUAACUAUUUUUAGCUGAUAAAAUUACUCCUCUUUCAAUGAGCUUCAUCUUUAUGGGAAUGUCUUAGCUUUUGCUGCUAAUUUCAUUUUAUGUCAGUAAUGUUGGAGGGAUUACUUUGUCCUUUAGUUCCUUGUUAUUAAUGGCACAAUAAACCCACUGGUUGCACAUAAAGCCUAAAAGUAAGAGAAAGUGUGGAAACUUAGUAUCUGUGUGUACUUAAUUAAAGAGUUCAUGAUGCCUGAAUGACUGUGAAAGGCUAGGUAUUCUGUCCAAUUAAUAGCUGUCGACUACAAUCAUUCUUUUUCAUUCAUUUUGUUAAAUUAAACAUAUAGAGGUAUGUUGUCAAUGAAAAACCAUGUUGAAAUAAACAGACCCGAAUUUUUUAUUGAAAA